UUACAUAGAAAUUCCAUAUAUAAGCCUCCACUUUUUCCAGUAAAUUAUUUUAACUCCUUCUCUCAUCGUUGAACUUUCUGGGAUAGCUGAAAAGAUGGCUAAAACAAUGCAACUUCUUGCGGUUUUUGCUGUGACAGUUCUUGGAAUUAAUGCAGCCUCAGCUCCAUUUGAUCCUUUCUUUCAUGAACAUUGGGAAAACUUCAAGCGAGUUUUCCACAAGGAAUACAACGGAAGAGAUGAAACUGCACGCCGAAUGGUAUGGGAAAGUCACGUCGCGGAAGUCAUCAAACACAAUUUGGAAUACGAUCUUGGUCUCCACACUUACAGAAAAGGAAUAAAUGAAUAUGCUGACCUUACUCAUGCGGAAUUCGUUAAAGCUUUCAAUGGUUACCGAUCAAGUGGCAAGGUGCUCAAUAGAUCCAACAGCACUUUCAUUGAACCGUUCAACAUUGAUUUGCCAGCUACAGUCGACUGGAGGAAACAAGGACUCGUUACUGGUGUCAAAAAUCAGGCACAAUGCGGGUCUUGCUGGGCGUUUUCCACUACUGGUUCUUUAGAAGGCCAGCACAAGAAAGCAACUGGAAAUCUCGUCUCUCUGAGUGAGCAAAAUCUGGUUGACUGCUCUGGUCCUGAAGGUAAUAUGGGAUGUGAAGGUGGACUUAUGGAUCAAGCUUUUGCAUAUAUAAAACAAAAUGGCGGCAUCGAUACUGAACAAUCCUAUCCAUAUACUGCUGAAGAUGGAACCUGUCACUACAAAGCUUCUAGCAGGGGUGCUGGUGUCACAGGAUACGUUGACAUUCCAUCCGGAGAUGAAGCUGCUCUGCAGAAAGCUGUUGCUACUGUUGGACCAAUCUCCGUUGCCAUCGAUGCAAGUCAAGAAAGCUUCCAACUUUACCAAGGAGGCAUUUAUAAUGAGCCACAAUGCAGCAGCCAAUUUUUAGACCACGGUGUUCUUGCUGUUGGUUAUGGAACAGAAAAUGGCGUCGAUUACUGGCUGGUGAAGAACAGUUGGGGAACAACCUGGGGAAAUCAAGGUUACAUCCAGAUGUCCAGAAACAAGAAUAAUCAGUGUGGUAUUGCUACUCAAGCGAGUUAUCCUCUUGUCUGAAGUAUAUCACGUUGUGGUGCAUUGAAAAAAGCGUAAAGUUGAGCUUAUUGGUGCUAUUCCUACAGACAGUUAUUUUGAACGUAAUUCACGGAGAUUAAAUUUAACUGUAUUGUUUUAAUGAACGCAUGUAUGUGAAUGUGUGUGAGUAGUCCUUUUCUGCAGAAUUUGUUUCGGAAGACAAUCUCAACUUGAAACUAAUAAAAAUACUCU